GGCGCGACCUCACUCUGCCCGCGUCCAGCCAUGGAGCAGCAUCUGGUGGUCUUCCUCGUGGUCCUCCUCUCCGCCGCCUCCUGGUCCUUGGCGCAGCCGGGCUUCGUCGGAGGAUGGAGGGAGCGCUCCGCCUCGGACCCGGACGUCAAGGAGGCCGCCGCCUUCGCCCUCCAAGCCUACAACGAGGCCAGCAACAGCCUCUACUGCUCCAAGGCCCUCCGGGUCCUCGAGGCCAAGAGCCAGGUGGUGGCAGGAACGAAAUACUCGCUGACCAUUGAACUGGUCAACACUCUGUGCAAAAAGGAAGCAGGAUCCAGCCUCAAAGACCUCGACUUGGAGCAUUGCAAGAUGCCUCCAGAGAACCAACAAAGGAGAGAAAUCUGCAUCUUCCAGGUCUGGAGCCGGCCUUGGAUCAGCGACACACAGCUGCUGCACAUGAGCUGCAAAGCGGCGACGGCCUAAACAUCUGGGAACGGCCAAAAUGGACCCGCUUCGGCCGGCUUUCCAACGAAGCUGAAGCCAUUGGCUGCUAAUGCAGUCCUCUUUUUCUUGGAGAGAACUUGCACUCCGCUGAUGUGGCUCCAGUGACUUUUGGGACCUUUUGGGACCUUUUCCCCUCCAUAGGUGACCCCCGUCCCACCCUAAAAAUAUCACCUGCGUCUCCUCCUUCUUGCAAUUUGAUGCUGAUACUGUGAUUUCCCCCUCCUAGGAAAAUGUUUGAAGUUAUUGCAUGGCCUAGACGCUGCAUCGAGGCGCAUUGCUCCACUGUGCACUUGUGUGUCUUUAGGAAGGGAAGAGAAAUGAGGGGAAGGUUGCAAAGGCAUUGCGCCCUCCUUUCCCUUCCCUUCCAAAUCCAGACCUAUUACUUGCAUGCGAUGUGAGAUUUUUGGAUAAGGCGCAAAAGGUUGACCCAUCUCAAACUGGAGGUAUCCAUGCACUUUUAUGUGCUCUUACAUGCAUCUCUUGCAUUAACAGUGUGCUGCCCCAAAACCCACAUUUGGACUUUCCUUCCCAAUCAUGUCCUAAUUGGCCUUUUCUUUAAGUCUUUAGGAUCCUCCAAAUCUUCCCGAUUCUUCUGCAAUUUUCAUUUCUUGGCAAUAAAGGUAUUUCUCCUCUUGAAA